UCAUAGCCAAAGAGCAAACCACCGAUGCCAGCAACAAUAGUCAAUCUUACAACAUAAGAAUUACUGAAAUAUGACAUUCUCCUCUCUGGAAACAAGUCCAGAUACCCAGAACUACCAGGUAUUGACUCGAGCGUCAUUCUGUUCUCACUUACUGCACGCCUUGAAUCUCGCUUAACACUUGUAGUAGAUAUAAGUUGAACUAGAGAUUUCUAAGUUGAUUCUUCUUCAAUACCCAAGAAUUGUUUCUCCAAACAAUUCAGUAGCAAAAUCCAAAUUUGUUUUCCCGAGUCUAUUGGAAGAAGAAAAUGAUUCAGGCUUUUCUUUUUCUUUUUUCCUUUUUCUUCUCAAAAUAUAAAUAUAAAACGCAUCAUAAAGGCAAACCCAGAAACCAAAUCUUUGCAAUUAAGAGGUCGAAAAUAAGUUUUUUAUUUUUUCCGUAAAAAAUGGGAAUCUAUGAACAUUUUGUAAGAGAAUUAGGCAAAAAAAAAGUUUUUUCUUUCUUUGUUUUUUUCGUCUGUGCUUCAAUCUAACAGAAAAUGGCGAAAACGGAGUAAAAUCGUAAAAUCUCGAUUUUACCGUAAACUCGUAAAAUCUCGAUUUUACUUUCACAAAGAUCGAAGAAGACGGUUCCAGAAAUUUAGACAUAAAAUUUGAUCCCUGAACUUCCUUACUUUAGGUUUGCUGCAGGGGAGGGAGAGAUUGGACUGCUCACUGUUGCUGCUCACGCCGCUGCUCGCUGCUCACUGCUCAAGCAAAGAAGUUGCUGGCUGGACGGAAAUCUAUUUGGUAAGUGGUGACCCAAAUCAUCUGGAGCCAGCCUUACACAGUAGGAGUUGGUUGCUGCUCCUCACUACUCAAGCAAAGAAGGAUAAAAUCUGUUGCAAAAAAGAAAAGGCACAGAUGUCGAUCAAGGGGAUUCUUAAAGAAACUGGGUUUUCUAAAUUUUGCAACUGUGGAGAAUUAAAAUUGAAAUGAAGGGAUUAAGAAGAGAGAGUAUGAGGAAAGAAAGAUGCAGUAGGGUGAUGACGAUGAUGAAGAUGAAGUUUACGAAGAAGAAUUUGAUGAUGAUGAGCAGUAACGACUGUUGAAAUCAAAAAUCUGGAUUUGUGGUUGUCCUUCUUAACCACUUGUGUCUUUAAUCCUGGUUUCUAAUCCAUGGUUAGUCCUUUGACCCAAUUUGAGUUAAGAUGUUUUGUAAUAAAUAUACCGAGCCCAC